AUGGCCGCCUCCAAGAGCGUCAUCCCGCGCUUCUUGCUGCCCCUGCAGGGCCCUUUGUGGCGGGGUCUGCGCGUGCCGCCGCCCGCCCUCGCGCAGCACGUCCGCGUGCGCUACGCCUCCUCGUCCUCCGCCGCCGCCGACGGCAAGCCCAUUGUGCUCGAGAAGCCCGCCAAGUUCAACCCGCCGUCGCACGGGUCCCGCCUCAAGAGCAAGGUGCUGCCCAAGCACUACAGCCCGCCGCUGAGCGAGGUCGAGGUGCAGGCGCGCGGCCAGCGCAACUACCCGGGCAUGAUGGCGCCCGCGGGGUCGUGGCAGCACUGGUUCUGGCACAGCAAGCUACUACACACCUUGAUCACCAUGGGCACCCUCCUCGCCAUGGGCAUCUGCACCUUCUUCAUGAACUACGCGUACAACUCGCCCUACAAGGAGCUCGUCCCGCCCACGUCGGCCCUGUUCUCCGACCCGGCCUACUUCUUCGCUGCCUGGAAGGAGGUCAUCCUCUCGCACGAAAAGAACAAGGCGCUCAAGGCCGUGGAGCACCGCACACGCCACCUCGACGACGUCGCCAAGCGCCGCUACUACAUGAAGGUCCACGGCAUCGAGCCCAAGGACCCCAUCAGCAUGGUUUUUGGCAAGGGUGAGAAGCUCUCCGAGGCUGAGGUCGAGGCUGUGGCCUUGGGCACGGAGAUGCCGGCCAAGACGCCCGAAGAGGAGGCAGUGGCGACGAAGCGCAAGAAGUGGUUUGGCAUCUUUUGA